AUGGCCACCGGCGGCGGCACCAGCGAGACCGCCGUCGGCGCCGGGGAGGAGAACGCGAUCCCCACCCGCAGGUUCUUCGUGGCGCUGCACGUGGGCGCCGGCUUCCACGCGCCGGCGAACGAGAAGGCGUACCGCAGGGCCAUGAAACGCGCCUGCCUCGCCGCUGCAGCCAUUCUUCGCGAGGGCAGUGGCACAAGCCUGGAUGCUGUUGCAGCUGCCAUUCAAGUUUUGGAGGAUGAUCCUGUCACAAAUGCUGGCCGGGGUUCAAAUUUGACUGAGAGUGGUCAUGUGGAAUGCGAUGCGAGCAUCAUGGAUGGAAGUUCUGGUUCUUUUGGAGCUGUUGGAGCUAUUCGAGAUGUAAAGAAUCCAAUCCAAGUCGCUUUGCACUUGGCAAAGGAACAAAUGGCAGGAUCGUCAUUGCUUGGUCUGAUACCCCCGAUGUUUCUGGUUGGUGAAGGAGCAUAUCAAUGGGCAAAAUCUAAAGGAAUGGACCUAGUUGAAUCUGCAUCGGGGGCUAAUAAUUGGUUGGUGACUGAGAAUGCAAGAGCGCAGUGGGUGAAAUACACAUCAUUGCUUGUUAAUACCAAGAAAUUAUUAGAGCAUAACACUGGUCCUGCUUCAGAACAUUCAGUACAGUUGGAAGCACCAGGAACUGAAUCUGAGAAUAUUUCUGAUGUAAAGAAGAUAUUGACAGAAUCAUUCAUGGAAGACAAUACAGAUUGCGUAAUGGAUACUGUUGGUGUUAUUUGUGUAGAUAGCUACGGAAAUGUAGCAUCAGGUGCAUCUAGUGGUGGUAUUGCCCUGAAGGUCACAAUCUGGUCCUGCUUCUGCAUGCACUAA